GUUAUUGUAUUCAUCAACGAUCUGAAAAAAAAAUCAUAUUAUUAUUAUACCGAAUAGUAGCACUGGAAAUAAAUAUGUGUAUUCAUUUUUCUAAAAAAUGUGUUUAUCCAUGUAUGUUGAGUUGUAACUACAGUGUUUAGAUAUAAUGGAAUUUGACCAUGGCUUUCGAGCGUGGCAGUUACCAAUUAAUCCUUUGUAAAUGUUGUCGAGGGGUGAAGUGGGACAAUGAGAAACUGGCGUUUGAUAAAUCGUAGGAAUUCAGAAAUACAUGAGAGGUUUUACCGAGCCGUAACUGGUGGUAUACAUGUAAUUCUUGAUAAACUGAGCUGCUAUAUUGAACCCAUGUACUUAUUAACUGUUAAAUAAUAAAAUAUACAACACACAAGUAUAGGUUUUAUCUUUACAUCAAAUUACUAAUAUGAUUUUUUCAAUAAGAAUAUACAUUUAUUGUGUAAUAUUUUAAUGAAUUUAUUAUGUUCUUAUCAAAUUAUAGAUAUAUGUUGGUCAUAGAAUGAAAGAAAAUAAAUAUGUAUAAUCCUGUUUUUAAUAUUCGGCUUAUGUAUGCUACUGCUCGAACAGUAUAAAUUAUCUAAUACAAAUGCACACACAGCAGUAAGUACCGUUUAUUGUUUAACCAGUUUGUGAAUCCCUGAUUUCCGAUAAUAAUACAAAACUCGGCGUAUCAGUAUUGGCUCCCCUCCACCAAAAUUACCAAGAAAAUAAACUGGUCGCCGUAACCCAAAACUCCGAGGCUAAAUUCCGAUGUGAUUGUAGGUACGUAUGUUUGUUUGGAAAUAAACUGGUAGGGUUGGUACCUACGUUGGAAGGGGGGUGGUGGUGGAACAAAUAGAAUCGUCGUUCGCCCGAUAUCACGUUGGCCGACAGUGGAAACUGGAAACAACUGGAAACCACAGCAUCAGUGCAUCGACGACGAUUCCACCCGGCAAGACAAUAGGUACAUUUACUGCCAGUUACUGCAUGUAGAACUGUAUCUCCGUCAUGACGUGAUUGGUUAAAUAAUCUUAAUCAUCGGAUGAGUUUUUUCCGUGUUAUACGACACAGUUAAUACAAUUUGAGUGACACGAUAUAGCAGUCAAAAGAUAAGAAUCUGGCCAUUAAACAAUAUAAUUCAAGUUACGUUUAUAAUUAGCAGAAUGAAUUCCUCGAUAUCCAUACAUCUGUGGAUUUGUGUGUUGGUAUUCCUACCAUCGUGUUACAGAUGUCGAGCUCAGUUCUUCUUUAAAGAUGGUUUGAUGAUAAAUAAAACCGACUGGUACCUACAUCUAAAAACCAAAGAAAUAGAUCACCAUAUUCAAAAAGCUGUCUACUAUAUGGAACAACUUUAUAUGCAUGAAUAUUAUGAUCAUUCUGAGUUAAAUAUGGAUAUUGGAAGCCCGGAGUAUGGACUAUUGAUCGAAUCUCAGCUUUCCGAAGAACAUUAUUCAUUAUAUAGGCAUGCUCAAACUAUUUCUGAAGUAUCCGCCUCUAUUACCCAUAGAGAAUAUCAAGUGUAUAUACAAUAUAAAUCUCAUUAAAAAAAUAUAUUUUUAAUAUGCAUAAAUUUAACGACCAUUUAAAUUAUCUUGAUAGUGUUGGAGCACAAUGUGCCAUAGACUUAUCGAAAGUGAAACUACACAAGACAUCUUUGGGUAAAAUUUGUUUAUCCAUGUAUUACAAUAAAACUGCAUGCAUCGGAAUGAACAUAAAGUAUCGUACUCCUGACGGUUCUUGUAACAACUUGAAACGUUGGUACUCGGGAAAAGCAACCACAGCUUAUAAACGUUUGCUGUUUAAUAACUAUGAGGAUAGUUUUUAUGGUAAUUAUUAUAAUA